AUAUAUUCAGCGCUGCACCGCGCGUAUCGCUUUUCUCUUUCCAUGCCAAUGGCUCCGCGACCCAUUUCUGCUCCCGCCAAGAAGAAAGGGCUACCCAAACCUGGCCCUCGCGCGACCCCCGUCGUGAAGAAGCCCAUACAGACCUCUAGCACUCGAACGAGCUUGCGGUCGCAAAACAAGCUGCCGGUUUCGCACGCUGGCCAGUCUCAUCCUGUCCAAUUGUCUCCCACCUCUCCUGCACCCGCCCUUCAGCCAGCCGGCACCAAACGGAAGCAUUCCCGAGACACUGAAGCUGAAGCCGACAAGCCAAAAGACGAGCGCCCUUCAAAACAGUCCCGAAGGAGUACUCGUCACCGUCUCAAGCCCUCCGAGGAGAAGUUGCCCAAAGACGCUGAAGCUGAAGCUGAAGCCAAAGCCGACAAGCCAGAAGGUUCCUCAGAACAGCCCCAAGAACCCCCUCUGCUCUCUGAGAAGGACUCACGAUCACUCCAAUCAGUUUUUCAGGAAGUGAUGACUUCCGCAGCCAGCAACUCUCUUAAACGGCCCGCAUCACAUCGUUCCAGAGCCCCAUCGGAAACAGGAACAAGCUCUACUAACACCAAUGCCGUCUACCGCCGCAAGAAUCUUGCGGCCGUCAAGAUCCGCCUCCAUGCUAAUCCGCCUGACGACGUCGAAACCACUAUUAAAGGCAUUGUCAACACCAAAUCCCCCCGGCAGCGCCAAGCCGAACUUCACGUUAUAGCCCAAGGAUUCCGCGACGGCUGCCUCAAAAACGUUAGGGCUCAGUCUGGCGAAGAUGACUUUCUUGCCCCACUCUAUAAGACCAUAUCGGCCUUGUGUCUCGACAACCUCUGUGGUAGGCUUCCGCUGGCGCUUCUGCGGUGGAACCGAGGCAUCGUGAACCUCUAGUUGCUGGAUGCCGGCCAUGAAGCUCGAACUGUAAUGUAGUUGCUGCCGGAUCACUGGCUUAAGCUCCUCUCGCCAGGCGGCCUUUUCAUGGAUAAACAAAAGGACCUAGCACGAUGCCUCUUCUAGCCCCUGUCCCUGAGAAAGAGGAAGAUCGUUCCCCGCUUAAAACCCCGCACCCCGACCUCUUAAUGGGCAUAGACCUUGAUG